CCAAAAAAAAAAUGGCCAAGUUUAUCAUUGUCCUUUGUGCUUUUAUCGCUACUGCAUCGGCAGGUCCUGGUUUAGUGGCUCCUUUGGCUGGCGUUCCUUUGGCUUAUGCUUCCAGUCUACCUUAUUCAUCUCCAUUAACAUACUCGCCUUCCCUGGCUUACACCUCUCCUGUGGCAUACGGUCUUGCAUCGGGAGCAAGCAGUCGUAUUGAUAUCCAAAAUAACUACAACGUUGGACCACAAUUUGCAGUUCCGUUUGCUGCUAGAAUAACUGCUCCAUAUGCCGCUGCUCCAUUUGUUUCAGCUCCUUUAAGCUAUAAUUUUGCACAAUUUGCUGCUCCUCAAAUAGCUCCAGCUCCAGUUGCAUUAAAUGCUCCUUUGGCUCCUGCUCCAGUAGCUGUUGCACCUGCUCCAGCUAAAAUUGCCGCUCCAGUACCAGUUCCAUUUGCUGGUCCUCAAUUUAUUCCUGCUCCAUUAAGAUACAGUGCUCCUCUCUUAAGCAACUACAACGCUGCCACCCCUGCAUUCUAUGGAUCUCCAUUGCCUUACGCCUUCCCUGGCCAGAUCAACGCUUAUCCUUUCGCCGCUCCUCUUGCUGCAUCUCCAGGAGUACCAAUUGCUGGUCAAUUUGCUGCUCCUCCAUCAGUUCAAUUAGCUGAUCCUUCGACAGCUGCAACAACCAGAAUGACUGCUGUUCCAUCGGAAAACUCAUCAGAAGCCGAUUCAGUAGAAGCUCCUGCUAAGCUUGUCUCAGAAGCUCCCGCAGCUGCAGAUGAUGAACAGAAAUUUGCUACUCCUGCUCCAGUUGAUGGACCACAAACAGCUCGUGAUGCGGCAAGUUCAGCUCAAUCACCUGUUGCUCCAGUGCGUAACAAUAAUAAUAACUAAAAAGAUCCAGGAAGACUGAAAGCUUGUCAUUUUUUAAUAAAAUUAGAAAAAUUACUUUUUUA